AUGUCGAUGGAUCAAUUGCUGCGGAGGGUAACAGUCUUGAAGGAAAUCUACUUAACAGGAGAUAUUUCCUCUUCUUCAACUCCUGGAACACACACCCUCCAUCUGCCAUUUGAAAGCUCAAUUCUAAUCCUCCAAUUCUUCGUGGAAAUCUUUCCAAACAAAUCACCACCACCCAUCAAAAUGAAGUCGUUUUACACUUUGGCUCUCCUCAUCACGGCCACCGUGAUCUCUUCCUCUCCCGUCCCUGUUGGCGAACCCAAGCUGCUUGUCAGAGCCGACGCCGAAGCAAUGCCCAAAUACUUUUUCUAUGUUGUUCCUCCAGCCGUAGCUGAGGACUAA